AUGAUUUUGGGAGGUAUUAACCGGGCCGGGGCAGCCGUUCCAACGUUCCUGCGGACCCCCACCAUGAUCCAGCCCCACUUGGACAUGAAGCCCUUCCUACAGUUCCCCAUGGAAACCCCCCCUCCUCCGCACAGCAUAAACCUCUUCCACAACUUCAACACGACCAACACACUGUCCUCAGAUAGCAGCACACACACAGGAGGACCAAUGCAGCUGCAAGCCUCCACUGACACAGAGGAGAAGAGGAUGGACCCGGUGCAGAAGGCCGUGAUCAACCACACCUUCGGAGUUCCUCUGGUGAAAACCAAGCGGCCAGUCAUCUCCUGCAAUGUCUGCCAGAUCCGCUUUAACUCAGAGAGCCAGGCAGAGGCACAUUACAAAGGGAACCGCCAUGCCAGGAGAGUCAAAGGCAUUGAGACAUCCAAGGGUCGACCUCUGGACGGGGACAAGUCUCAUUCUCAACCAUCAAAUUCAUCCCCAUGUCCGCCUGGAGCCCCUGGCCCUGCCCCUGAUAACGAGCCCAGCAAACCGGAUGAGACACGGCCUCUGUCACAGCUAAACGGGCCUUUACUUGCCCCGGGGCCCCUUCCCCCACUACAAACACCACCCACCCCACCCAUGGACUCCCCAGUACCAUCAGUCUGCCCUCUUCUCCCCACUCCACCCCUGAUCCCCCCAACUUCCUCCUCCUCCCCAGGCUGUGGUAGCAGCAGCUCAGAGCAGCCCGCAUCCGGACCCCCAGUUUCAGGAGCGGUUAGCACCUCAGCUUCCAGCAGCCCGGCCAACCCUGAGACAGAGGAAGAUAAGGCCAAGAAACUGCUGUACUGCUCGCUGUGCAAGGUGGCUGUUAACUCUUUGUCACAGCUGGAGGCCCACAAUAAAGGUACUAAACACAAAACUAUCUUGGAAGCAAGGAGUGGGCUGGGCCCUAUUAAAGCAUAUCCUCGCAUAGGCCCCAAGCCCAGUGGAGAGCAGGGAGGGGGGCCUGUGGACCCCAACACUCAGGAACGAACUUUCCACUGUGAGAUCUGCAAUGUGCGGGUCAAUUCUGAACUGCAACUCAAACAGCACAUAUCAAGUCGAAGGCACCGAGAUGGCAUGGCAGGAAAACCUAACCCCCUCCUCAGCCGACACAAGAAGCACAGGGGAACUGAUCUGACGUCUUCACUGACCUUCUCCAAGGAUCUUACCAAAGCUUUGGGUGCGGGGCUGUUGCCCAGCCCCUUGGCUGUUGCUGCAGCAAUGGCCGCUGCAGCAUCCUCAAACCAACUGGCCCUCCGAGCAGCUGCUCCCGCACCUCACCCGCACGCUCACCACCUCCUGCAAGGCCCACAUCUCAGUCAUGCCAUUCUUAGACCCGCCCCUGGGCCCAUCCGCACCACCCACGGGCCAAUCCUCUUCUCUCCUUACUGACACAUCACCGUGUGACUUCAGCCAGUCAGGAACAUCCACUCCAAAAGCACACUGUGAAGCCACAAAGCGAUCAACAAACAGCAAUUCAUAGGGAGAGGGGGUUAAUAAUUUAAAUAAAUGUCUGACUGACAACAAGAGAAAGAAACCGUGGAAAUGAGUACAGAUAUUAUGUCUCUUUUUCCCUUUACCUGAAACUCUCCCUCUCCUUCUUUUUCAGAAGACUUUUAAAAAGAUAGAACAAUCAGAGGAGAGUUGAUCAUUAUGCAUUAAAGUCCCUUGUACAUUCACCACCUCCCCUGGUCCCUCCCUUGCACUGUGGCCCCGUCAUGGCCACCUCGACAUACAGAAGAAACAUGCAGAUCACUCUGGAAACUUUAAACCAUGCAUACUGUUACAUUACUAUGCUGGGCCAGGUUGGGUUUCUCCUCUCAUCUGGACUCAACGUGUUCUCCUCAUCCUAUGCACCUCAAAAAAACCAAGACAAUAAUGUUAUGUCAGUAGGGAAGCUGCUUCCAUCAGUCUUUGCUGUUCGCACCACAUGUAGCAGUGGUGGCCUCCAGAGUACUGUAAAUGUCUUGCUCUCCGUCGGAGGCCGGCAGCCCUUCAAUUUGUGACACUAGGUCCACUCUAGAUGCAACAUGACUUUGGCUAACAGGCAGGUGGUACUCGCGUUUGAACAUGUGUGAUGGAGGGGGGGGGGGGGGGAGGUUAAAGGAGCAGAAAAGUGACUGUGGGGGGGAUUGCACUUCUCUGUCACGUCCCGAGAAGGUGAGGUGAGAGGAGGCCUGGCACGGGUCAGUGGAUGGAUUAGCCGCAGGCAGUAUGCAGACACACGUAGGCCCGGACAAAUCUGUGUUCUAAAAUAGACCGUACAGACACAAACUGCUAGGGGGGCGCAACUGCCAGCUUCCAUAACAGUCAGAGAAGGGCCUCGAUAAAGACGAACAUAAUGAGAGGCAGAAGUCACACAGUGGUAAAUACUGUACCGCUGUAUCUAAAACCAGAUUAUAUAUUAGAAUAUUUAUCUUAUUACGAAUACAAUUGAUAAAAUAUGACAGUGUUAUGAAAUACUGAAAUGUUCAGAGUUUAUUUGGCAAGACUCCUCUUCAGAUUAUCGGAAAAGCUCACAUCCACAUCUUCCUGGACUUCAUUCCUAGGAUGAAUCACUCUGAGAGUGGGCAGAUAUGAUUUAAAUUUGACCCAGUGUUUGGAUGUGCUAAUGUUGUUUCUGCAUACAGCCUCACGGCAACCCUCUGCAGGGACAGGCUUUUCCAUCACUGGGUCGACCCUCUCUGUAUUGCGCGGUCCUCCUACUCCUCACUGAUACCCAGAGGUUCAUUUAAGUCAAUUAUAGAAGUUACUUCUGGCACCUGGCAGGCAAUAAUAUUGAAAGGGAACACAUAUAUUAUAGAGAGAUGAAGAUGAUUGCAUUCUUGUAGAAAUGAUGUUGAGGUGAGGUGAUGACCGAGCCAGAGGCCGCCUGGAGCGGGGUGCCGACACGUCCAGCUUGAGGCAUCUACUGAUACUUCCUGUCUUACAACUGAAAGCCAUGAAACGAACCAUGAUUUGUUUCCUUUUACAAAGACUGGUGAGCACUUUGUUUUGUUCAGUUUGGACUGUUGCUUUGUGUUUGUAUUACACAUAAAAAAGUGAGCGAAAUUGAUUUAAAAAAAAAAAAAGCAGAAAAAAAUAUUUUUGUAGGUAGGAAAUAACUUCAUCCAUAAAAGGGAAGCGAAGAAGUGGGUGGAGUUAUCAUUUUGGGGUUUUUGUACGUGACCCAGACAGACUGAUGAAUAGGCAAUGCAGAUGGGGAUCCACACCAGCUUGCUGAGCAACAGCAGGCCCAUCUCGCUUUACAGCUUGAAACUAACGCCCCUUUCUGAACGAGAUGUACACUGUGCCCUUUCAUUGAGAAGCAAUGAGCUCUAAUGUCUUACCUAUGUCUGAAUAUUGCAAUGCAAUGAGCUUUUUUUUUUAUUAGAGUGACUUGUUAUCAUUGUGACAUGUUGUGACAUGUUGUCUGGAGUCAUGUGUAAAGUGGGAGCAUGCCAGCUGAAAGAUUUCUGUUCUUCCAUGAGGAGUGCAGGUCCUUUAGGGGACUGAGGGGGGGUAUAGCUGGAGACUUAAGCGUAGCUUGGCACAGGGACUGUCCCUUCAUAUUAAAGGGCCUUUUUUUCUAUGGGAAUCUUCUGCUUUGGGAACAGGGUACAGCACCCAGUAUUAAGGGAUACAAGCUAGAUGAACUGUUCAACAGGCUCUUAUUUCAUUUAUAUUUGCAAAGUUUCAUUACUUUAUGUGUGUGAGAAAUGUGUAAAAAUCCAGAGGAUCCUUGUCAAUGCCAUUACCUAAAGAAGAAGCUGGCUUGAUGCCAGCCUCCACCAUUGUGCUCUUUUUCUUUGCUGAAAGUAAUCUUCAAGUUGAUUUUGUGAGUAAGAUACUAUUCCAGAAUUUAUGCUUGCCUUCCUGUUGGUGUGUGUACCAUAUGUAUUCAAGUGUGUGCAGGGAAUUUCUCUCUCCCCACCUCCCACAAAUCAGAGAAAGAAGAGCCUAGGAGCUAUAAAGUGGCCUAAAAAACGAAUAGGUAUGUGUUUGAUUUGGUAAUCUUGAUCAGUCAUGGGGGAUUCCAUCAAGGUCUUGAUCACUAAUCCAGCCUAAUCAAAGUACUGCAGUGUUGUCCCUGUAGGUCAGUCAGUCAAGUAGCACCACGGGUAUGUUCACAAAGUGGUUCUUGCCACCGAUUCAUUUACAUUAUUCACAUUUGGGAAAUAAAUGUUAGAUUCCUAUUUUCUGGGCAGGUACUUCAUGUUAGCUGUGUUUAGGCUCCUAGCCUUAGCCUUAUGCUGCCCUCUGUUUCUCUCAGGAGCAAAAGAGAGAGACGGAGAGGCUAUGGUGUAAUUUUGUCUUGCCAAUAAAGUUAUUUUUGAACUUCAUUAUCAGAGGAACAAAGAGUUUGUAUGGCAAACCGUAGCAAUACCUGACUCAUUCUGGCUACUCUUGUUUAUUGCAAUAAGAAAAUGAAACAAUACAUGUGUUUGUGAGUAAAACAUUAAUGUAAUUUAAAUGAAAAAUAACUUUAUGGUAAAUACUGUUGGUAUCAAGAGAAACCAUGGUGGAAAAAAAACUAAAUGUCAAUAAAUCAUUAAAUGAUAAUGUCUGCAGAGUUUUCAUGAGUGAAUUAGCCUGGUUCAGUGCUUUUUAUUACAGGUCAUAAAGAAAAUGGCAAUUUUGUAGACAUAGUAAAAUUUAAUUUGA